AAAGGAGAACAAACAGACAAGUAGCUGGGACAAAAAAACUGAGACUUGAAAACAGGUUUUCUCACACCUGGAUGCACGUUACUGCUCACUUAGACCUUUGGAAGCUUUCAGGCUUUGUGUUCCUGUACAAUCUCUGACAACCUAUCAGGAGGCUGUGAAAAGUGCCGGGAGAAGGGUCCAGAGAUCAAAAGGAGACAAAAAUGUUAACAGAUCUUCCUGAGAACAAGAAUGUGGCAGCAGGAGGGAGACUUGUCAGAGCCAUCCAGGGUGACAGCAUGGAGGGCAGAGAGAGACCUACAUACUCUAUAAGAACCCAGAAAGGCUCCAGAAGAAGAUGUUGCAGCCUUGAGCAGCUUCUCUCCCUGUGCCAUGCCUGGAAAUGUGUAAGACUGACAGAGUCCACAUCAUAGUGGAGCCUUCUUUAAAUGCCUCCAAGGCUUGGAAAACAAAGAUUGCUCUAAGGGUCCAGAUGAAUGGGGGUUGUUGCAUCCCAGAGCCUCCGAGGAAAAGAGAGGUUGUGUUUUUACUCCGCUGUCCUUUGCACUGGAGGUGAACUGGAGGUGUUGACACAACUGGUACAAGCAGAGUUGGAGUUGAGAACCCAAACCCAAUCCGUGCUGGGGGGUUGAGCUUCCCACCUCAGGAGGAGAGGGAUCCUGCCUGCCAAGGUUACCCACCAGUGCCUGCUCUGAUGAGACAAUGCUGGAGACUUCUCUGUUUGACCAGCUGAAUUUCCACCCAUACACCUGGAUUUUGAUCCUAUGGCUCAGGCUGAAGCUUUCAGAGACCACGCUAACCAAGGUCAGCAGAACUGCCUGAGCCAUCGGCCAUCACCCAGUAGGGAAAAUGAUCAUGUGGCAUCUUGUCAAGCUUGUCAUGAAGAGACACCAUGAUUCCUGGUAACCGAAUGCUGAUGGUCAUCCUACUAUGCCAAGUCCUUCUAGGAGGUACUAACCAUGCUAGCCUGAUCCCCGAGACCGGCAGGAAGAAAGUGGCAGAGCUUCAGGGACAAGCCGGAUCCGGACGCCGCUCUGCCCAAAGCCAUGAACUCUUGCGGGGUUUCGAAACAACUCUGCUGCAGAUGUUUGGGCUGCGAAGGCGGCCUCAGCCCAGCAAGUCAGCCGUCAUUCCUAGUUACAUGCUGGAUCUCUAUCGACUCCAGUCUGGAGAAGAGGAGGAAAGCCUCCAGGAAAUUAGCCUUCAGUACCCUGAGCGAUCGACCAGCCGGGCAAACACCGUGAGGAGUUUCCACCAUGAAGAGCACCUGGAGACCGUCCCGGGUCCCAGCGAGGCGCCCCGGAUCCGCUUCGUCUUCAACCUCAGCAGCGUGCCGGAAAACGAGGUGAUCUCCUCGGCGGAGCUGCGGCUGUACCGGGAGCAGGUGGAGGAGCCGAGCGCGGCGUGGGAGGGGGGCUUCCACCGGAUAAACAUUUACGAAGUGAUGAAGCCGCUGUCGGAGCGCGCUCAGGCCAUUACGCGCCUGCUGGACACGCGUCUGGUGCACCACAACGUGACGCGCUGGGAGACCUUUGAUGUGAGCCCGGCUGUGAUCCGGUGGACCAAGGACAAGCAGCCGAACCACGGGCUGGUGAUCGAGGUGACCCACCUCCACCACGCACAGACUCAUCAGGGCAAACACGUCAGGAUUAGCCGAUCUUUACCUCAAGGGCGCGGGGACUGGGCUCAGCUCAGGCCGCUCCUGGUCACUUUUGGGCACGACGGGCGAGGCCACGCGCUGACCCGCAGAGCCCGGCGGAGCCCCAAGCACCAGCGUUCCCGCAAGAACAAAAAAAACUGCCGCCGCCAUGCCCUCUAUGUGGAUUUCAGCGACGUGGGCUGGAACGACUGGAUCGUGGCGCCCCCGGGGUACCAGGCGUUUUACUGCCACGGGGACUGCCCCUUCCCUCUGGCCGACCACCUCAACUCCACGAACCACGCCAUCGUGCAGACGCUGGUGAACUCCGUGAACUCCAGCAUUCCCAAGGCCUGCUGCGUGCCCACGGAGCUGAGCGCCAUCUCCAUGCUCUACCUGGAUGAGUAUGACAAGGUGGUCCUGAAAAACUACCAGGAGAUGGUGGUGGAGGGGUGCGGGUGCCGCUGACCCCCUUCCCCGCCGCCCUCUCCUCCCCUUCUCUCUCCCUCCCGUCCCACCCCAGAACUGCUUGCUAUAGCUGGACUCUUCUCUAAACUAAACGUUCACCUUGACCUUAUUUAUGACUUUAUGUGCAAAUGUUUUUGACAAUAAUGAUCAUAUAUUUUGACAAAAUAUAUUUAUAACUACAUAUUAAAAGA